AUGCCUGGGCAGACCGAUGCAGACAUACCUGAAACAGGAGCCAUCUUCACAUUUGGGAAGAGCAGCUUUGCUGACAAUGUUCCCAGCCAGUUCUGGUUGAAAAAUGACCAUCCAGUGGAGAUAUGUUGUGGCCAUCAGCACACUGCUAUAAUCACAGAAAAUGGAAGGUUGCUCAUGUUUGGUGGUAAUACUGGUGGCCAACUGGGACUGAAGAUAAAGCCAGCUGCCAAUAAACCAGCCUCUGUAAAAGCCUUGAAGUCUGAAAAGGUGAAGCUUGUGGCCUGUGGGAAAGAUCACACACUUGUCUGCACAUUUCAGGACUGUGUCUAUGGUGCUGGUAGGAACCAGAAGGGACAGCUCAGUUUGGGCCACAAGAACACUAAAUCCUUUCAGCUGCUGCGUUCAUUUUGUGAGCUGGCACCGGUCAAAAUGCUUGCUGCUGGUAGCAGCACUUCAGCUGCCUUAACAGAGGAUGGGAGGCUGUUUAUGUGGGGAGACAACUCUGUGGGUCAGAUUGGUUUAGGGGAUGAGGUGUUUGCAGCCGCACCCAGAGAGUUGAAGGUGGGGCAGGCUGUGAUGUGGGUCUCCUGUGGGCAUCGCCACUCAGCGUUUGUCACAGUUCAUGGUGGACUUUACACCUUUGGCGAAAGUGCAAAUGGACGACUUGGUCUCCAGGUGGAGCAGCUAGCCAAUCACAGAAUCCCCCAGGAAGUAAAAGGCAUUAUGGGAAGUGUCACUCAGGUGUGCUGUGGAGGGGAGCACACUGUGGCACUAACAGAGGAGGAAGUGUACACUUUCGGGAGGGGUCAGUACGGUCAGCUCGGCCAUGGGACGUUUCAGUUUGAACUUCAUUUGCCAAAACCUCUGGAGCACUUUCACAACAGCUGCCCCAAACACAUUGCCUGCGGAGAAAACCACACCGCUGUGAUCACAAGUCAACCAGCUUUCAGCUAUCAUCUUUGUAGCCCUGCAUGCAUAUUUGAUGUAGCAGAAACAUUAGAAUUUAUUUUGUUGUCAGAUGAAGCGAACUUGUCUUUGUCCUCCACAGAGGCUGGGCUGCUCUACACAUUUGGUGAUGGCCGUUAUGGAAAACUGGGGUUACAGGAAGAGAACUUCAUUAACCAGUUCAGCCCAACACUGUGCACGCGUUUUCUGAAGUACAGGGUGCAGUUGGUGUCCUGUGGUGAUCACCACACACUGGUUCUGGCUGUCCCCAGACCAGGAGCACAGAGUCAGGAUAUAGUGCCAGAGAAGGAUACUACAAUCGCAGACUUCUUCUGGGAGUCAGAAGACCCUGAAAGCAUGUUGAAAUACUCUCUCAUGGAUCCGGCCACAGUGGUCCCACUCUCAGCUCUAGCUGCUCGUGCUCGCCAUAGAGAAAAAAAGAAUUUUGUUGAGCUUUUUGGAGAAUUGCCUCAGAACCACCCUCGUCUUAACCCUGGCUUCCUCAGUACCUCCUGGCAGACGUCUACAACUAUCCAAAACCUGAAACUCUUUCCAAGGGAUGCUCACACCCCCCCAUCCGCCCCCAAAGCAGCAACAGCAAGCCUGCUUUUAUCCCCCAGAUCUCAGUCCGUAUCCUCUCGGAGUGCCGGGGUAUCCUCCAGGCUGUCAAGCCCACGUUCACAAUCAUCUUACACGUGUCAGAGUAGACCCUCCACCGCUGCUUCCUCCUGGUCCAAAUCCAAAAAGCUGCCUUCUCCUGUAUCUUCAUCCACAUCUAUAGCUAAUACUAAAUCAAGCAGUCCUGCCCAUACUAAAAAAGCUUUGAAGAGUGCAGCAUGCAGAGCAGGAAAGGGUGAAAAUGUCUUAAAUGACAAACCGUCUGAUGCUUUACCACCUAACAAAUCCUGCAGCCCUAAUAGACCCCUCAUCCAUGUUUCUGAUAAUAACCUGAAUCAGGAAAGACAACAAACAGAGGGAGAAGCUUUAAUGGGACAACUAAUCUUUCAAGAUGUGGAAGAUAAGGUGAACCAUGUGGAUUUUUUCCCUUAUAAGGAAAACAAAACUGGGGGAGUUCAAAUUGCAAAAGAGCCAGAGGUGCAUGCAGACCAGAACAGUGUCCAAAGCUCUCCUAAAAGGCUUCUGAGAGGCUCCAUCUCCAGAAAGGAAGAAGUGUCAUCACUCAAGAGCAGGAAGAAAAAAGCACAAGUCACAUCUCAAAAUGAUCAGAAAAUUAACAACAGUAAAACAAAACCUCCAGAUGUAAAAGAAGACAAAAUGAAGGUCUAUAACUUUAAAUCGACAAAACAUGACAAGAGAAGUGCAACAACACAACAACCUGUGCAGAAAGCAACGACCAAAGUAAAGAAACAUUAUGAAAAAAAUCAAGUGACAGUGCCCUUUUUUAAGAAAGAAGUGAAAGUUACUCCAAAAAGAAAGAAAAUAUCAUCCGCUUCAGACACAACAAGCCCAAAACUAAUAGUGGCAGAUAAUAGGGAGAUAAGUAGUUUAACAUCCACUGAAAACGUCUCAAAGGACGAUGCCGUAAUCCAAAAUAAAAGCACUGAUCUCAGACCUGCUGAAGUGACUCCAAAAAAGAAUAAGGUUGAAUCUUUAGUGACAUGUAUUCAAAGCACAGCAUUGGCUGUAAAAUCACAAAGACCUGAAAUUACCAAGCUUUCUCAGGCUGAGACUCUGAGUGUGAAAUCUACACCUGUGAAGGCGAUAAAACCCAAACCAGACAAACAUCAAAGCAAGCAUGCUAAAAAACCUUCUGCUGGAAGUAAAAACAUCAAAAAAGGUGACAAGGAUGGUUUUAUCUUUGCAAAAAACACAACUGGAGGAGUUAAAGGCAGAACGUCAGAAAAACAGAACUUGCUUCAAAAGAAGAAGAAAAAUAAAGAUGAAAAUACUAAAGUUAAACAGAGAUACAAAACAAAAAGAGGGACAGACAACGGUGUUAAUAUGGACUCAGAACUUAAGAGCAAAGCCGAGCCAAGGAUUAAAAAGACUGAAGCUUCCAGCUUGCUGGCAUCACAGCGUGAAGAAACUUCUGAAAUCUCCAGUGGUGUAGUUUCCUCACAAAGCCCUAAAAGAACCAAUGGGCUUUCUGUCAGCAGAGCUAAAUCCUUGCAAUCCUCUGACCGGGCUGCUGCAGAAACUCCUGCACCUGAAAAGGAAAAAAGAGAGGUUGAAGACCUGCAUGAAAGAAAACAAAUGUGGGGAGAAAUUGUGAGCGACGCAUCGUCUCUUUUCCCUGCUGCAGGGAUCGCUGGUGCAGCUAUCAGCCUCCUCGACGAGGCCAUGACUUAUGUGGAGGCUUUCCAGGCUGAUCGUGACAGAGGUGCCUCUACAGAACCUAAAACACCCCUUAACGCCAAACAGUUCACAAAGCAGAGUGCAAUUAUGCACCCUUCCUUCUCCUCUACAACUUUGCAUUCUGAUUCAGAGGAAAGAGAUGACAGCACACAGAAGGAUGCUCAAAUGAGCAUCUUAUCAGAUUUAGGAGAUGUUGCGCAUGAGGAAGAAUUUAAUGAUCCAUUAGAGCAGGAACCACCAGAGAAGAUCAGGAAUAAGGAAACUUCUGAAAAUGAACAUGGAGGAGAAGAGGAAAGCUCUGAGAAGGAUGAUGAUUCCAAAAUGAUUAUAACAAACACUGGCAAUGAGGAACAUAAGGAAGAUAAUGAAGAGUUAGGAAGUGAAGUGGAAAACAAUGAUGAGAAAGGAGAAAGCUGUGUUGGUAUGGGAGCUGCAGAGGAGACUGAACCUGAAGAGGAGGAUGAAGAGCAAAAUAGCGACUCAGAGGAAGGGGAGAGUGAGGGCAGCUUUCAGGGAGAAGGUGAAGAAAGCAACAAUAGUGACACAACAGAUUCUGAAAGUGAGGAAGAGGAAAGCAGCAUGGAAACGGGUGAAGAAGUGACUCAUUCUGAAGUGAGUGAGGCAGCUGGGGAAGAUGAAAGUAGAAGUGAGGAGCAAAGUGAUGAGGAGGGUAAAAGAGAGGAAGAUGGUGAGGUUAGUGGUGAUGAAGAAGAAAAAAGCAGUGAUGGAUCAGAGCAAGAAGAUAGUGAAAGUGAAAAGGAGGAAGAGGAGGACAGGGAUGGAAGUAGCACUGUAGUGUCUGAUAAAAGCGAGGAAGAAGAGGAACCUGAAGAAGAAGAAGGUGAGGAACUGAGGCAAUCCGAAGAGGAGCAGGAAACAGGGAAAGAUGAGAGUGGAGGGGAGGAUGAUGGUGAUGAAGACAUUCAGGAGGAAGAGGAAGGAGAACUUUCCACAAAUGAUGAAGAAGCUGAACAGGAGGCUACAGAGGAUGAGGAGGAAGGAGAAGGGGAGGGAGAGAGCACAGAGGAGGAAAAUGAGGAGGGGAAACUGGGGGGCAGAGCAAAGGAGGAAGAUGAGGCCAUAGAGGAAGAGAGCAACAGUGAGAAGGAAGAGAAAAACACAAGAGAAGAUGAGGAAAAUGAGGAAAGCAGCUCUGCUUCUGAAGAAGAAGAUAGUGAAGAUGACCAUGAAGAAGGGGAAGCAAGCGAGGAAAAAGGAAAGGAGUGUGAGGAACAGGGAGAAGAAGAUGAUGAGGAGGAAGAAGAUGGAAAGCAAGAACAAGAUGAACAUGAAGAGGAGGAGGAAGGAGAGGAAGAUGAUGAAAACAAUGGAGAAGAACAAACGGAAGACGAUGAGGAAGAGGAAGAAGAAGAAGAACAAGAGGCAGAAGGAGAGGAAGAGGAGGAAAACAAUGGAGAUGAAGAACAAACGGAAGAUGAGGAAGAAGGAGAGGAAAAAGAUGGGGAUGAAGAACAAACAGAAGAAGAUGAGGAAGAAGAGGAAGAAGAGGAUGAAGGAAAAGAAGUUGAAGAGAAAGAAGUACAAAAGACAAAGGAGAAGAAAAAGAAGAAGAGAGAGAACUUAACAAGACCAAAAAGAGAGGAGCCACAGUCAUUGACUCCUGCGGCAUCUUCUUCGGUUAAACAGAAGGAAGCUCCCAGACCAGCCUCGAGGAGCAAGCAGAGAGCUGCAGAGAAGAGACCGGAAGACUCCCAGCAGUUCUGGAACAAUGUUCUGCCUCAGUACCUGGACCUGCAGUGACACUUUCUCAUCUACAGAUAGAGGAAGAAAAGGAUGCUGUCACCAAGGUGACACACACUGCUUUGUGAACUAAGGCUUCCAUGCCUUAGGUUGAACACUCGUCCGUGGCCAUCUUGAAUUUUCACUGACCAGAAGUGGCCAUGUUUGGAAGAAAGGCAGUAAACAGUGUUUGAUGAGAAGAUCAAAAGAAGACAAAUUGUUGGUGCAC